UGGUUACUUUUUCCCUUGAGCAGCAACGUACCCUGAGCUGGCACAGAAAUGAGGAAUGAGCUGAGCCCUGGGUCGAUUUCCUCCUCCUCCACCUCCUCCUCCUCCUCCUUCUCCUGCUGCUGCUGCCGCCGCCGCCGCCUCCAGAGCAGUGCAUUGUGGAGGGAACAAGCAAAGACCAGUUAGAGUCGUGUUCCCGGCCAGGGGCAGGUUCACUUCACUACUAAGUAGCUCAGCAGGGCAGGGGAGCUGUCCAAGGUGCUGUCUGCCCCGUGUCCCAGAGGCCCUGCUCUGCGCUCUCAUCUCCCAACGUCCACUGGCUUUCUGGUCUUCCCAGAUCCCACUUCCCCGCCCCCGCCCUGACUUUACAGCUAUCCCCUUCUCUUCCCCUCACCUUCUGAGUAUCGCUUGUUCUCCACCUUGGGGUAUUCGCUGCAGGAGGUGAUCAUGGUGUUUGCUCCAGGUGAGAAACCUGGAUCUGAACCCGAAGAAGCAAAAUUACAGAAUGCCAGCAAGCAGAUUGUCCAAAACGCCAUCCUACGAGCUGUACAACAAGUCUCCCAGGAAAGCCAACAAAAGGAAGAACGUACUACAACCAGCAGGAGCAGACUGCAGCUAGGGAUGGGGAAGCUCACCAAGAAGCAUGAAAAGAAAUAGCCCAGCUCCCCUGGUCUUGCUCUUAGUACUGCUCUGUUUCCAGCCUUCCUCUUAGAAUCCAAUGUGUCCCACUGCAACAUUAUCAACAAAGCCAACCAAAGCGCAAUUAGCACCUAGAGGUAGUAUGAUGCCACAGUAGCUGACCAGGAUUGCUUUGAAGAGCAUUAGGUGACCAAGUCUAUAUUUUGGCAGUGCCCCUUAAAUAUAUCAGAGGAAGAAAAGUGACAUUGAAAUUACAGGUACAGUUUGAAGCCCAGUUUCUUCCUGUGGCUUAAUAUUCUAGCUUUUUUUUUCUUUCACUUCUGCCUUUCUGCAUCUGUGUAGAAGUGAGUUUGAUUGACCAACUGCGAAGUCCCUGAUUUAGUAUCUUCCAGGAACAAAACAAAACAAACAACAUGAUGGGAAAGGGAGGGACUACCAUUUCAGAUUACUUUGAAAUAGAAAGAAAGAGGCUCUCAUGGGGGUAGAGUUAAAGUACUACUAAGGCAAAUUGAAAACAAAGUGCUAGGACAGUGGUCAUUUAUAGUUCUCACUGAUACUAGAACAUGGAUAGGGUAAAAGUAUAUAAAACUACUGUUUAAAAAAAGAUUUGAGAUUUCUCAAGAGCAAGUUUUCAGGUCAUUUUUUUCCUGAAUUACAGGGUAGUGGUGGAUGAUAUUUAUCCUCUUCUAUGCAGAAAUCCUUUGGGAACACCAAGAAUUCCUUUCACCAUCUCAAGUCUUGAAAUAAAUCAGGCCCUGUGGGCAUGAGGUACUCUUGUUUGUUUUUCUUCAAUAUCAUCAUGAACAUUAGGCAAAAUCACUGGACCCUAGAGAUGAGGUUCAUCCACACUGUAGGCAGUUCUCUUUGGGACUGGCCCUUGGCUCACGGUCUAGGGCGAGCCCUAGGGUAUGACAAAUACCAUUUGAUAAUAUUGUUGAAAUCCCAAGCUCUAUGUCUUCAUUAGUAUCCUUUACUCAUUUUGGGAAAGAUUAUUCCACCCACAAGCCAGCUAUGACUUUUUUCUUUAAUGUGUCAUAAAAAUCACACAAAUUCUUCUCCUUCUCAGCCUCAUUUAAUUUUUUUUCUAAUAUUUUGAAAUUUGAACACAUAAUAAUGAAGGCAAUCUUUGCGAUCGUGUAGCGAAAAGUGUGUGUGUGUAUAUGUGUGUAUGAAGUAAUUUCUCUUUCAAGCCUUGUGACACAUAGUCAAUAAAGCCACUUCAGAUAUGACAAGCCUUAUCAUAGUCCUUAUGACUUUUCCAUCUUUAAAAUUUUAAGAUGCCAACUACAGACCUUUCUAUCACUAACAUUCAAUGAUUGGGGAAAAGAGAUGAGAUUUAUAGGAGAGAGAAAAGGUACUUCACCUUUGCUCAAACUUCUCUAUGCCAUCUCCUACCCUCUUAAUAGUAAUGCUUAUGUCGUCUAGAUGAAAUAGCAGAGCAGAGGAUUGGCAGAGGAAUAUGGUGACUGAUACUGAAAUUUUUAUUCCAGAAUCUCAAUAUGUUAUACUUUCUGUGACGGAUGGGGUAGAUAUUAGCAGAAGAAUGAAAGCAAUCUCUUCUGUGCUCUGUUAGAUGGUCUCCCACUGUGCACAGAUGGAAUAAAGUCACGGGAAGGGAUUAAUUUAAAUGCAGUUUGCAACCCAAAGAUCCACAAAAUUUUAUAGCAGAAUGGGUGAUAGUCAAAGUUUAAAAAUGUCUAAAGGAAGAUGUGUGUGCUGUGAGAAUAUAUUGCAUAGCGGAAAUGAAAGUAUUUAGGGAAAGUACACAUAAAUAAAUUUAAGUGCUUGUAUCCUGCAAAUAACUGGGUAUAAUUUAUUUCUCUGAGAGCAUCUCCAUGUUUACUGUUCAUGUCUGUCUUAUGAUUAUUAGGAAUGACUCCAUCAGCCACUUCUCCUGUUUGAUGUGUACCUAUGUUCAUGUUUCCAAGGCAAUUGGGAACAUCUCUAUGGCUUAACAUGACAGUGCUCAGACCUCUGUAUCUGAAUGUUAUUUGUAAUUAAAUACUUUGUCCACAUUGGAA